AUGCGGCAAGCUUCAGUCAUGAAGGCCUUCAACCAAGCAUUCAAUCAGCCAGGGGGCGCGUUUCGAGUCCUCCUCGUCACCUUCGCGAUUGUCCAUUUCGUCCGAAUCUUUCUGAUUCCCACCGUCGCGUGGCUAAUCGGCAGUGAGGAAUUCGCAGACACCGAGCGCGUAGUCCGUAUCAUCGGGUUUCGCCCGUCGGGCCCGUGCUCCCUCCCGCGGCCAGUGAGCAACUGCACGGUGAACGAGCGCAUCCACAUCGUGCUGGUGAGCGCGCAAUGGGACCGCGAGCCGUUCACGCGCGACGAGACGGAGGUGAUUCUCAAGUCGAUCCUCAUGUCGACGCAGUGCCCGCUGUUCUUCCACUUCAUGGUGUCGGGCGAGGCGGAGGAGUGGGGCAUCUCCGACAUGAUGGAGCAGCUCGGCGCCGUGCCCUUCGACGCCGUGGGGCCCGUCUCGCCCAACCUUGUGCGCCACGACAUCGACGCGCUCGUCGACCAGAUCAGCUACGACCCCAACCACGACGACAAGGUGGCGGACGAUCCUCCAGUGGGUUACACCAUUCACCCCAUCCCUGUCUGCUGGGUUCGCCAUAAGGCGGAGCUGCUGGGGAUAAACAUAACGCACCACUCGGGCGAGGCGGGGUUUGCAAAGCUGUUUCUGCCGGAGAUCCUGUGGAACGUGCGGCGCGCCAUCUACCUGGACGUGGACAUGGUGGCGGCGGAGGACCUGGGCGCGCUGUGGGGGUACUUCAAAGAGAUGGACGCCGACCCCGACCUGCUGCUCUUCAUGGGCGACAACCACCCCACCGCCUACGGCCCGCGCUCCCGCUACCCCUUCUGCUCCUGCCAGCUCAUCAUGGACCUCGACCGCCUCCGCCGCCACAACCUCACCCGCCUGGUGAUGGAGGCGUUUGGCGAGCAGAAGGCGAUGGAGGUGUGGGGAUUUCGGCCGGGCGACCAGUGGGUGUUCACCAUGAUGUGCAUGAACAACCCCGACAAGUGCCGCACGCUGCCCAAGAUCUGGAACGUCUCCGGCUGCUCCAAGCCCCGCUUCCUCGGCCUCAACGCACGUGACAAGGACCAGAACGGGACGUGUUGGCGCAUGGCGCAUUUCAACUGCAUAGGAGUGAGGGACAAUCGGUACUACGCGCUGGCCAACACGGACUGGGAGGACAUGCGCCAGCGCGUUGUGACCGCGGGCAGCGAUCGGUGCGCAUCCGCCCAUCCCAGGAAGCGUAGGGCGGCGGCAGGGAUGGCGGCAGUGCCCGCCUCGGCGCCGGCGCUGGCCGGCCGUCGCGCUGCUCACCCAACGCCAUCGGCGUUCGGCCCGCUCAGCAGCGGCGCGGCAUGGCUGGAUGGAAGCGGCCGUCUCGCCACGUGGAGGCAGCAGGUGCCUUCAAUGCGGCGGAGGGGAAGGAAGGCCCGUGUGAGCGCGCGCGCGUCCACACGCCACCUACCGCCCAUCCCGACGGCCUUCCCCCCGCUGCCUGACCCCGCCCUGCCGCCCUACGAACAGUUGGUGCUGCCCAACGGGCUGCGCGUCUUUCUCCUUGAAGACCACGAGCUGGGGCUGGUGGGCGGCCAGCUGCUCGUCAAGGGCGGGGCGCAGUAUGAAGCGCCCGACAAGGUGGGAGUGGCGGGCAUGAUGGCAGCGGUGCAGCGCAGUGGGGGCACGCAGCAGUACCCGGAGGAGCAGCUUGACGACACACUUGAGGCCAUGGCGGCGUCCAUAGAGACAUCAGCUGGCACGUCAACGCUCUCAGCGUCCUUCCGCUGCCUGCAAGAGGACGCGCCCACCCUCCUCCCACUGCUCCGCGAUGUGGUGCUGGCACCGCUGCUACCGGCGUCCAAGCUGGCGUUCUCGCGCACGCAGCUGCUGGGCUCCAUCGCCCGCCGCAACGACGAUCCAGGGAGGGUGGCAUCAAGGGAGCUGCAGCGCCUGCUAUACAGCCCUGCCUCCCCACGCGGCCGCUACCCCCUCGCUGCUGACGUCGCCCGCAUCUCCCUCUCCGACCUGCGCGCCUUCCACGCAGCUUCCUACAGCGACCCAUCACAGGCGGUGUUGGGAGUGUGGGGCGACUUUGACGCGCGGAGCAUGCGCGCGCUGCUGGAAGACACCUUCCUCGCCUGGCCCGCUGCCUCUGCCUCCCCUGCACGGCGCACUGCCAAGGGGCGGCUGGUGCCGUACUGGGGUCCGGAGGAGGGUGUGGCGGCCAGUGCAGCGGGCGUGUACGUGGUGGACCGACCCGGGCUCACCCAGAGCAUAGUGCGCGUGGGCGAGUUGGGCAUGAGCAUGAGUGACCCGGACGUGUUUGCACUGGACGUGCUCAACGCCAUCCUCAACGGCUUUGGUGGCCGCCUCUUCGACCAGGUGCGGUCAAGGGAGGGUCUGGCAUACUCGGUGUCCGGGUCCUGGUCGCCAGGCGUCGACCACCGGGGGGCGUUUGUGGGAGGGGGGGAGACGAGGGCGGAGGCGGUGGGGCAGUUCAUCACAGCAGUGCAGCGCGUGCUGGGGGAGGCCACGCUGCUGCCGCCCUCAACAGGCGAGCUGCAGGAGGCCAAGGACCGAGUGCUCAACUCCUUUGUCUUCAACUUCGCUGACAGUGGAGCGCAGCUGAGUCGCAUAAUGACGUACGAGCUGUUUGGAAUCGACCAGGACUUCAUCUUUGAGUUCAAGCGCCGUGUGGAAGCACUCUCACCCGACGCCGUGCUGGCAGCGGCGCAGCGCCGCCUGCACCCAGGGGAGCAGCCCAUCGUGGUGGUGGCGGACGCUGCUGCCGUCAUGCCGCAGCUCUCCGCCCUCGGCCUCCCCGUCACCCGCAUUGACCCCGUCUAG